AUCAUACUACAUACGAUACUACGAUUCAUGACACCGUUACCCAAAUGACAGGUGGAGUAUAUUUGACAAAGAGCCUAAAAGAGGACGCCAUGAUCGUUGUUUAUUUGGGUUUGUUGAAUUUAUGCAGCAUACUACUGGGUUAAAACUCGCGCUAAAAUACGCCUAAGUCCUCCUGAUGACGUUAUAUAUUCACCAUUACGCAAUUCGAAUCUGUCCUUGAUUCGAAUCAGCUGAUAAUUCAAGAUAGCGUCGUGGGCAUAACAAACUGGAGACCGUGAAGGUACAUUCACAUCAAUUUCCAUCCAAAUUGCAAUCAAUUGGAAUUAAAUGUAACGCUACCUUCAUGGUUGUCAAGCUACUGCGCCUUCUUGUGUUAUGUGUGAAACUUUAUAAUAAGUGACGUCACGCACUUUUUUACAUUGAAAACCUUGCAUUGAAAUUUAAAUCAUGAAUUUUGUUUGUUUGUUUCUAAUUACCUGUUACUGCUACUCUAAUUUGCCUGGCUAAUUUGAUCAACCAUGGGAGACGAAAACAGAAUGCGUUCUUUCAAGAACAAAGGAAAAGAUUCAGAGGAAAUGCGUCGUAGACGUAUAGCCCAAACCGUAGAACUAAGAAAAGCAAGAAAAGAAGACCAGCUCUUCAAGAGACGCCACAUGUCUGAGGUUCUUGAUGAGCCAACUUCUCCACUGCAGGAAAACAAUGUGAGCCCAGUUACCAUGACUGCUGAAGAGAUAAUGUUUGGCAUGAUGAACCCAGAUGAAACCAUCCAAUUCAAAGCGACUCAGGCCUGCAGAAAAAUCCUAAGCAGAGAAAGAAACCCACCAAUCGACCACAUGAUUAGAUUAGGAGUGGUGCCAAGAUGUGUAGAAUUUCUAACCAAACAUCACAAUCCUAGCUUGCAAUUUGAAGCCUGUUGGGCUCUUACAAACAUCGCCUCAGGCACUUCGGAACAAACUGCAGCUGUCAUACAAGAAGGAGCAAUCCCCAGGCUUCAAUCCUUAUUAGUCUCGCCCAGGAUAGAUGUGGCUGAACAAGCUGUGUGGGCCUUGGGUAACAUUGCAGGCGACGGUCCUACACCCAGAGACAUGGUGCUCAAUUCCAAUGUGUUACAAGAUAUUUUAAGGCUCAUCAAGCCUGAAACUCCUGUGUCUUUGUUGAGGAACGCUGUUUGGGCCACUUCUAAUUUGUGCAGGAACAAAAACCCUGCUCCUGAUUUUGAUCAGGUUAAAAUUGCUUUGCCCGUUUUGGCUAGAUUAUUAAUGUCUACUGAUAAAGAUGUACUAGCUGAUUCUUGCUGGGCUCUUUCUUAUUUGACUGAUGGCAAUAAUGAGAAAAUCCAAACAGUUCUUGAUACAGGCCUGGUUACGCGAUUAGUUCAAUUGCUAGGCAGUAAUGACAAUACAGUUCUAACUCCUGCUCUUAGAGCAGUUGGUAACAUUGUCACUGGUAAUGAUCAACAAACUGAUACGGUUUUGAGCGCUGGAGUUUUGCUUUGCAUGAACAGACUGUUGGUUUACCCCAAAUUGAAUAUUGUCAAAGAAGCUGCUUGGACUAUUUCUAAUAUCACUGCUGGAAAUCCUGAACAGAUCCAGAGAGUUAUUGAUGCUGGAAUUUUGCCAGUGUUGCUGGAAGUUUUGUCUUCUGGGGAUUUUAAAAGUCAAAAAGAGGCUGCUUGGGCUAUCACUAAUUUAACCAGUGGCGGUACUAUAAGGCAAUUGGCACAACUUGUUGAGUUGGGUGCAAUCAAGCCCAUGUGCAACCUGUUAAACUCCAAAGACUUCAAAACUGUCUCUGUGGUUUUGGAUGGUUUGAACAAUUUGCUGUUGGCUGCUCAAAAAUUGGGCGAAGCUGAGAAAGUGGCCAUUUUGAUUGAAGAGUGCGGUGGUUUGGAUCUGAUUGAGUCAUUGCAAAGUCACGACAAUGAGAAAAUCUACGAGAAAUCACUCAGCAUCAUUGAGAACUUCUUUAGUGAUGGUCAAGGAGAAGAGUCUGUGACUGCAACCAAUCAAGAUGGUCAGAUUACCUUGAACCCUUCAAAUGAUAUGCCCAGCGGUGGGUUUAGUUUUUAAAUCAUACAUCAUACAAAAAUCAUGAUCUCCCAUUCCAACUUCUUUUUAUACUCUUUUGAAAACUAAUAAAUAUUUUCUUAUUGUUUAGAGACUUUUUAUAAGUUGUAAAAUUUUUCCAUUGAAACUCAUUUUUUUUCUAGUAUGUAUAUUAUAAUAAAUAUUUGAUUAUUUCCUUAA